ACUGUAGUCAAAACAAAAAACUCAACAGACUCCGGUUUCUGAUGAUUUUAAAUGUUACGAUGUUCGUUCAACGAUCAAUUUUCAGACGAUUAAUAAUUACACUUAUAGUUAUUUCUUAGUUCUAUUAGUUUUUACAAAAUCUUUUAACUUUUUAAUACUGUGCGUGUAAUAAGCAUUUUUUAAUGAUUAAUUGAUAAAUUAUGUGCCGACAAUGGUCCCUUAGAUGUUUAGUGUUGUAGACGUCGAUCAUACCACAAAACAACUUAAAAUUUUAUGCAACAACCACCAUGAAGAAGGAUAAAACAGGAGACAACGCUAGACCUUAUAAACUAGCCCAUCAAUUGGUUAGUUUAACAGGUAUAAGCUUUCAGCGAAAAAAUAUAUUGGGAAUGGUUGAGCUAACUAUUAUACCAUUAAAAAAUAAUCUUCAAUUUAUAAACCUCAAUGCAAAACAAUGUCGUAUAUAUCGUGUAACUGUUAAUGAAAAUAUUGAAGUUCCUUUCCAAUAUUUCGAUCCAUUUGUUGACAUAACUCAAAAUAAAGAUGAAGAACCUACAUUAACUGCAUUUUCUGCAGCUCAUUUAAAUGCAGCUCAGAUAACUGAACCCGAUAACAAUAAUGGAGAAUUAGUUAUAAGUUUACCUGCAGAACUUACAGCAUCUGUAAAUGAUGGAACAAGUAUAAAAAUAAGUGUAGAAUAUUCUUUGGAGCAGCCUAGUGGAGGUGUCCAUUUUGUUAUUCCGGAAGGAGAUGGAUCUUUAGUUGAGAGACGAGCUCACAUGUUCACUAUGUGUUUUGAGAAUUCAUCUCGAUUAUGGUUUCCAUGUGUUGAUAGUUAUGCAGAACCAUGUACAUGGGAUUUAGAAUUUACUGUUGAUGAAAAUAUGACCGCAGUAUCUUGUGGAGAUUUGAUCGAAGUUGUUGCAGCUCCUGAUUUAAGGCGUAAAACAUAUUAUUAUAACUUAUCAAUGCCCACUUGUGCGCCAAAUAUAGCCUUAGCAGUGGGACCUUUUGAAAUUUAUGUGGACCCAACCAUGCAUGUUAUAACUCACUUCUGUUUACCGGGGCUCUCGGAACUUCUACCUACAGCUGCAAAGUACACACAUGAAGCAUUAGAAUUUUAUGAAGAUACAUUAUCUAAUGGUUAUCCUUAUAGUUGUUAUAAACAAGUAUUUGUUGAUGAAACUCCUACAGAUUAUGCAUCAUAUGCAUCAAUGGGCAUCAUGAGUGUUAAUCUUUUACAUCCAAAACAAAUUAUUGAUCAAGUUUAUGUUUCAAAAAAAAUCUUAGCCCAAGUUAUGGCAGAACAAUUUUUUGGUUGUUUUAUUUCAACUCAAAAUUGGUCAGAUUGGUGGCUAACAUGUGGUAUAGCAUUAUAUAUGUCUGGUCUUUUUGCAAAAAAAUGUUUUGGAAAUAAUUCUUAUCGUGAAUGGAUUCACAAUGAAUUAACAAGUUUGGUGAAAUAUGAAGAAGAAAUUGGACCUAUAGUAUUAGAUCCAACACAACAACCAGCUCCAACAAGUAGUGGUCUUGUCAGUCCAGGAGGAACUUCUAAUCCUGGAUUUUCAUUAUCUUUCAAUAAUGUGCAAAAUACUAAUGAAAUAUCUAAUUUUUACUUCUCUACUCGUAGCUUACACACAAUAUCACCUCGUUAUUUUCAUUACAUGACUAAAAAAGCACAUCUUGUAUUAAGGAUGUUGGAAAAUCGAAUUGGUUAUUCAUUAUUGUUACAGGUUUUGAAUAAGCAUUUAUCUUUAGCAAGUAAUGCAUCUCAAAAUCCAAUGAGCUCAGGUUUAUGGGGCCACAUGUUAAUCAGUACUAAUAUAUUUAAUAAAACUAUUUUUACUGUAUCUGGCAUAGAUAUGUCUGUAUUCAUUGAUCAAUGGGUUAGAACUGGUGGUCACGCUAAAUUUACUUGUACCUUUGUAUUCAAUAGAAAAAGGAAUACAUUAGAAUUAGAAAUUAAACAGGAUGCCAUUAGUCAACGAGGUAUUCGUAAAUAUGUUGGCCCAUUAUUAGUAAGCAUUCAAGAAUUAGAUGGUCCAUUUAAACAUACUUUGCAAGUUGAAGGAAAUGUAGCUCGAGCAGAUAUAACUUGUCAUUCAAAAAGUAGACGUAAUAAGAAAAAGAAAAUUCCUUUGUGUACAGGGGACGAAGUAGAUAUUGAUUUAAAUGCUAUGGAUAAUGACUCUCCUGUAUUAUGGAUACGUUUAGAUCCUGAGAUGACUAUUUUACGCAGUUGUAUUAUAGAACAACCUGAAUACCAGUGGAAUUAUCAAUUGCGACAUGAAAAAGAUAUUACUGCUCAAAUGGAAGCAGUGGUAGCUCUUGAUAAAUUCCCUACUAUUGCUACACGUAAUGCUUUAUGUGAUAUUAUUGAAAAUGAACAAGUGUAUAUUCAUGUCCGAUGUAAAGCUGCUCACUGUUUAACUAAGAUUGCAAAUGCAAUGGUUACUAAUUGGACUGGGCCACCAGCGAUGUUAGCAACAUUUAAAAAAAUGUUUGGAUCAUUUUCAUGUCCACAUAUUAUAAAACAAAAUAAUUUCUCAAAUCUACAACAUUACUAUCUACAGAAGACAAUUCCAAUUGCAAUGGCUGGUUUGAGAAAUUCUCAUGGAAUUUGUCCCCCCGAAAUCUUAAAAUUCAUAUUAGAUCUAAUCAAGUACAAUGAUAAUAGUAAAAAUAGAUACUCUGAUAAUUAUUAUAGAGCUUCACUAAUUGAAGCUCUUGGUGCAACAAUUACACCAGUUAUAUCAUUAAUGCAAAAAGCCUGUGAUAUAACUGCAGAUUCACUUUCUGGGGAUUCAAAAUUAAUACUUGAAGAAAUUACACAGCACUUAAACUUGGAGAAACGUUUACAGACCUAUAAAUACCCAAUAACAAUAACCUGCUUAAAAGCUAUCAGAAAAUUACAAAAAUUUGGUCAUUUACCAAAUAAUCCUAACAUAUUUCGUUCCUAUUCAUCAUACGGAAAUUUUAUUGGAGUAAGACUUUGUGCAUUAGAAGCUUUAGUUGAUUUCACUUGCUUAGAUGGACGUUGGGAUGAUUUAAAGUAUCUUAUAGACAUAGCAGAUAGUGAUCCCGAUCCAAAAGUUAGGAAUGAGCUUGUUCGCAUGUUGUGUAAAAAUCCACCAUUUACACCUAAAAAGCCAAAUAAUCGAUUAAACAAUGAUUAUUUAUCUCAUCACUUAUGGAAACUCAUCAAUUCAUUGCUAUCAUAUGAUACAACAUUGCGUUGUAAUUUUGUUGACUUAUAUUAUACUUUAUUUGGACGACAAAAAAUUUUACGUGCUGAAGUUGCUGCUUUGUACAAGCCAAUCAAAGUUGAAGUAGAGGCAAAAUCUUGUACUCUUCCAAAUAUUAUUGUUGAACCAGAUAAUAAUUCUAAUAGUGAACGUGGUAUCAAAAGAUCUAUAGAUCAUGAAGAACAAUUAGAAGAUGUCCCAGAAAUUGUUGAUGAACUAAAAGUUGAAAGUGAUAAUUUAGAAAAUGAAUUCGGUAUUGAUUUACAUUUUGAUAAGAGAAUAAAGGAUGAGAUCAAUAAUGAUAAUGGAGAGCCUACUAAUGAACUUAAAGAAGUUAACUUAGUUCCAAUUAUCAGGCCACCAUUUGAACUGAAUGAGCACAAAUCUAAGACAGGUUAUUUCUCUGAAAAUUCUGCUUCGCUCCCUGGAAUCAUGGUAUCCAAUUCCUCUGGACCAGUUGGUUUUGAACCUGGAAUGUUUAAUGUAAAACCUGAAGAUCAGUCCAAUAAACCUGUAGUUGUACAAAAUGAGAAUAAACAUCAUCAUCACCAUCAUCACCACCACCAUCAUCAUCAUAGUAAAAUAGACGGAACCAGUAAUUCUAGCAAGAAAAAGAAAAAGGAUAAAAAAAAACAUAAACAUAAACAUAAACACAAACAUGAACAUAAGCAUAAGCAAGAUAAAUCAAAGGAAAAAAUUAAAGAAGACAAAGACACUACAAUUAUUAAAGUAAAAGAAGAAACUUUGACUUCUGGAAGUUCUAGUAGUGAUGAUACUUCUAGAGAUUUAAGUGUAUUUAUUUAAUUAAUUUAUACAGAAAUUGUAUAUACAUAUAUAUAUAUAUAUAUAUUUUUAUAUGUUUAUUUUAUUUUUUUUUUUUUUUGACAAAAUUAAUAAUAUCCCAAUUUAAGUUAUUUAAAUUUCUACCUAGUACAUACAUACAUAUUUAUUAAUAUGAUUAAAUUGAACCUACAUUAUAUUAAAAUAAAUUUGUGAUAAGUAUAUUUCUGUAUUAAUUUAUAUUUACAUCUAUCUGUCAUUUUUUUUUUUUUUUUUUAAUCAAAGUAAAUGAUUAAAAUUGUAUAGUUCAAGGAAUUUAUAUUAAUAAACUACUGAUUAGGAAAGCUUGAAAAACUUCAAAAUAAAAUAAUUAGAAGAAAGUUUUAAAAAUGACUAAAUUUUGUAAUUUAAUUUUAGACAAAAUCAAUAUUGGGAGAUAUCUUUAAGGUUAAUGUAAAAAGUACUGCAUAUUAUUACCAUUUGGUAGUCAAAUUGAAAAUUAUUUAAAGUAACAGUAUAUAAAAAUGACUCGUGUUUGAUUGUAACAGGCAAUUUAAUUGUAUGUAUAAUAAAUGUAAUUAUUAUUUAUGACUUAAGAAGUAAUAUGUUUAUAACAUACAUAUUAUAACAAAGAUACAUACGUCUCAAAGCAUGAGAAAUUAAAAUUAAAUAUAUUUUCACUAUUGGAAAAAAAUUGAGAAUAACCUACAUUCUUAAA